GCAACAGUGAUUGGGGUCUCUUGUAGAGGACAUCAACCUCAAAACCGUAAACCGCAAUUGUAUACUUGCAUCUUUUCUUCUAUUCUCCCAGCCUCUACUUCUUCUUUCAACCGCUUCUCUUUCAUCAGCGCGUUCUUUGACUUGUAUGAUUCACUGUUCAGAACACAAAGUUACUGCCCACGCACCAUCCACAGUCACAUACACACUUUCUCCAAUACUUAACGCACCUCAGAUCUUGACGGACCAUGGAUCUCGAUAUUGAGAUGGACGAUGCCGUCGACACGGUUCACGACGCACCUAUUCUCGACGUCGGUCGCGAUGAUAUUCUCCAACCUGACGAGCCUGAAGAGCCUGGCGAGGUGGCUGAAGACGAACCUCCGACCGACGACUCAAAGACCCUCAUCCCGACAAAAAUCCACAUCAAGGGUGUCGACUCUCUACACACAUCCGACAUCAAAGCCUACGUCAAGGCUCACUUCGGCGAUGUCGACAGAAUCGAGUGGAUUGACGAUUCUUCCGCAAAUCUCCUCUUUCCUUCUGAACCCACGGCGCGCGAUGCAAUUGUUGCCUUGAGCUCUGUUCCCGUCGCAGAUGCCACAGCAUUGGCAAUUGGAGAGACUCUGCCUGCGAAGCCUUUUGAAGGGAAGCCAGAGAUUUCUCUCCAGGUGAGAUUUGCCAUACAAAGCGACAAAAAAGAGGUUGGUGCUGCCUUGCGCAGCCGCUAUUACCUCCUUCAUCCCGAGCACGACCCCGAGGAGCGACGACGCAGGAAUCAGGAAAACCGGUCAAGGUACAGGGAUCGUGACGAUGGCUAUCAUAGGGGUGGCGAGGGCCGGCGACGACGCGCCUCUGACGAUGACGUUGAGACGUUCGAAGCCAGCAUGUACGAUGAUGCGCCUCGCCCAACACGGAGAAGACGCGACUCAGACAUAGAGGAACGACCACGCUCAUAUGCCCGCGAGAAUCAAGGCAAGGAAUUGUUUUCAGGCCGGAAAUCACAACGCGACCGAUCUGCAUCUCCCAGGCGCGAUAACGACGGCGAUGAUCUAAUGGGUGAGAGGGCUAGCUCAUCUGGGAACAGAACGCGAGCGCGGGAUCUUAAGGAUCGUAUAUCAGGCAGUAACAAUUCCAAGGAGUUGUUUCCGACCAAGAAGUCGAUCAAGCAGUUUGGUGGAGGAAACUUGGAUACCCUCGAGCGAGCGAUAGGAUCAGCCCGCCUCAAGGAUGAGGAUCGCCCCAAGAUUGUUUCUGUGCCCAAUGCACGAGGCGAUGGUAACUCAUUCAACAUCCGCGGCAUGGCGAGCCAGCAGGGGAGCGGAGAGGGCUUUGCGAUUAAGGGUGCUGCUUCAGCUAACGCACGCGAAUUGUUCCCUACUAAGCUUGGUAGCAACAAUACUGGCAAGGAGCUAUUUGGAGGAGGGAGAUCGAAGCAACGACAGAAGGCCGAGGACCUUUUCUCCUAAAUGGGGACCCCAUCGAAACAUGGUACACGCUAUACAAUAGCAACGGCCGAACUGGGUCAACAAUACGGACGCAUAAGUGAUGGGUGCUGGUGACUAUAUAUAUGGUUUUGUAACGAUACCAAGGCGCAACCAAACAGAUACAUUAUGGGCUCCUUCAUCUGCAGUUCCCAGAUGUGAACUCCAAACAGAUGUUAUAUAUAGAUGAUGGGCUGAUUCCUGUGAAGUUUCGUGGUUGUCGUGAUCCUGGAAUUUAUCCAUCCACAGAUGUUAUGCUGCCGAUUCCUACCACCACUUCUCAAGCAUAACUCUGUUCUUGUCCAUCCCACCGUCUCUUGCCAAGCCAUCAACUAUUUCAUCCGUCAUCGUCGCGGGGCCACAGACAUAUACCACACUAUUGUUCUUCUCACCCAUAGCCUCCUUCACGUCUUCAACUGUGAAUCUCCUUUCAUGAACAUCAAGUUCACGGCUCUCGAUAUGCCCGUCAUAUAUCCCUGUCGUAAACACUUUCAAAUCACCAAUAAGUUCCUUUUCUGUAAACCAUUUUCUGAUUCUCUCCAGAAAAAGAACACCCUUGAGGCCCUGCGCAGGUAACUUGCUAGCGUAGAGAACCUUGACCUCAAGGUUGUAUCCCUCUUCAGCUAUAUGUCCCAUCAUACUGACGAGUGGGUUGAUCCCCACGCCGCCCGCAACAAAGACCACAUGGCUUAUGUCGUUGAGUGGUAUCUCAGAUGGUGGGAAGACAAAGCUUCCUCCAACACGCACCUGUAGCUUGGAACCAGUAAUAUCGGACGGUGACUGCCAGAGCCAUGCCGCAGGAGGGUUCUCCGGAGAUUCUUGUACUGCUAACUCCAGGUAGGGAGACUUGGGGUCGGCAGCCGCGCGAGGUGUAGAUGUGAGUGUGAACCCGCCUGGUUUGGGGUUCCCUGGGAUGUAUGUAUCGAGCCAUUGACCGGCCAAGAACUAGAUAUUGUCAGCAUUCCUCCUGGCGAAAGGAUUGGAAUUAAUAUGAGA